AGUAUACCCAAAAAACAGCAAAUUUCCCAAUAGAAACAACAUCAAGCCAAAUCGGCCGAAAUGGUGUACAAAUACGACAUAAUUUAAAUCAAAAAAGGACCGUUUGCAGGUUCGGGCCAAGUGCAGCGGCGUGCUCUGCGCUGAGAUACACACAGAACAAACUACGCAUUGUUUGUUCAAGCAGACCGAAAAGGCGAGGUCGGGUCAACGAUUCCUACCACGCCUUGGAGUUUAAAAGGUAUGGCCGGUGACAUGUCCAUUGGUUGCGCCGCCUUGAAAAGAUCAACCAAGUUGAAAUCCUGCACGAGCUCUGCGGAUACGGACUCCAUGCACAUACCAAAUGAGAGCAAGGAAAAUGGUAACAUGGGCUUACUAAUCAAGCCACCUAGUGCACCACCGCAGAAUAUGCGAGGAGGCUUGCGAGUAUACAAGAUUGUUAUACUUGGGGAUGGAGGAGUCGGCAAAUCGGCUGUUACUCUGCAAUUUGUCAGUCACAGCUUCUUGGACUAUCAUGACCCAACAAUCGAGGACUCUUACCAGCAACAGGCGGUCAUAGACAAUGAAGCCGCUUUGUUGGACAUACUGGACACUGCGGGUCAGGUGGAGUUUACGGCCAUGCGGGACCAAUACAUGCGUUGCGGCGAAGGUUUCAUCAUUUGCUACUCGGUCACUGAUCGUCACAGCUUCCAGGAGGCUUCAGAGUACAGAAAACUGAUAACGCGCGUCCGUUUGUCUGAGGACAUACCGUUGGUAUUGAUAGCCAACAAAGUUGACUUGGAAUCUCAACGUCGAGUUACAACCGAGGAGGGUAAGAACUUAGCCAAUCAGUUCGGUUGCCCGUUCUUUGAGACAUCGGCCGCCUUGCGUCAUUACAUAGACGAGGCAUUUUACACGUUAGUUCGUGAAAUCCGGCGCAAGGAAAUGCAGAAAGCACUUGGCACGGAUACCAGUUCGGAGAAGAUACACACACGCCAUCGCAGCCGUUGGUGGCGCAUACGAUCCAUCUUCGCUUUAGUGUUUCGUCGACGCCGCAACCUAAAUUAAAGGCCGCGUAAUGCGUCAUUUUGCCUGUUUUCAAUGCAAAUUAGUGCAAUAUUAACCCCAACGUUAUAUAUAUGUAUUUUGUGGCUAUAUAUGGACUAUAUAUAGCCCAUCCAAUCAUAUAUAUAUAUACGUAUAUACAUAUAAAUGUCUAAUAUUUUUCCCAAGCCUCAACAAUGCAGGCCGACGACUAAAAAGAAUUUAUCAAUCGAAAAACUAUAGUUAUACCCAUGAGUGCGGUUAGUAGGAGCGUUUAGGAUAGAGAGAGUAUAGAGCAUUGUCUGAGAGGUAUUUAUUAUUUGUUAAAUAUUUAAUGUCUUGUUGUAUUGUUGCAAGGUGAAGAUUUUGAAGCGUGGAUAGGAUAGGGCCUGGCCACUAGCGCACAGUAUUGAUAUAUAUAUAUCAAUAAUAGCACGAUCCAAAUAAUACAUUAUAUUAUUAAUGCACGUACAUAUGUAAACCAAUUGUAAACGUUGUUUCCUAACGAAAAAAGAAAGGAAUAUUAGAAGUUAAAUGAGCAAAAUGUUUGAGCACAAAAAUGCAGGAGACGAGAAAAAUCAACAAAAUGCAUUUACAUUGAAUAAGUAAUAACUAAAAACGAUAAUAACUUCAAAGCAAAAUCAAAAUAACUGAGUCCUAACCAAAAAUUAAAAAUACACGCUAAUACCGCACUGCUGUAAAGAAAACAAAUCCAUACAGGAUACGAGUAUGGAGAGAGCGUACGUUAUAGAGCUUUAAGUCGCAAACUGUCCAAAAAACAAAACAAAAAAGAAUCGAAGCAGAACUUUUCCUUUUGAUAAGCCCUACAUACUUAUAUACAUAUGUGUGUUUAUUAAUCGAGCGCAGCAUCGAAGCACAAAUGAACAUUUUCAAACAAAAUGUUAAUCCUAAAUAGAAAUCCAUUUGAAACAAAUAAUAUGAAUACACGAAUGCGGGAUCAUUAUCAAUAUUUUUUAUCAAAAACGAAGGAAAAACUCAAAGUUUGAACGAAAAUUUUAAAAGAAUAUUGAGCUUUAUAAAAACUACAGGUCCUUUUUAUUUUUUACUUUUAAUGCAGCUGAGCUUACGUUGGAACACAUACACAAUUGUUUAUAUUACGUUUAACUGUUAAGUAUAUAAUUAUUUAAGUUUAUUUAUUGUUAGCUUUACGUUUUUGUUAAUUACUAUUUAUCGUCAAGUUCCCUAAGUAUCAUAAAUGUUACUGCAUUAGCACAAAGUACACUGCUUUAAUAUUUGUUACGAAUCUUGUUUUACGUGUAUACAUUUUUAUAAAUUGUUAUUGCAAAAUACAAAUCAAUCACAAAUGCACCGGCAAAGGCGCGAGUCGCUAAUAGGAAUAUGCCAACAUGCAUAUACAUACAUAUGUAUGUAUGUAUUUAUAUAGAAAAUAAACAGCGCGUAUACAUUAAGAUAAUACGACGUAAAUUUAUUAACAAAUGUCAAGUAAUUGAUUGCGGGUAGAUGAAAAGAAGUUUUCCGGAAUGUUACAAAUUCGAGUACUAACUUUUUUUUUUAGAAAUAUAAAUACUGCACUGAAAAAAAAAUCAAAUCAUAAACGAGUUUGCUAGAAAGCGACUCAAGCAUAAACGAGGCAAGCGAUAGAGAUACGAAAACUGGAGGCUGCUCUGAAAAUAGAACCUAGUUUGAGAAGCGGUUCGCCAUGGCAGUGCAAAGAUGAAAAGGAGGAACAUGAGUCAAGUUUUGCGUAGGAGAUGAAAUAAUUAUAACUACAUAUAUAUGAUGUAACACAACCAAGAUUUUGAUUCCUAACGUUAUCAUUAUGAGUACAUUUUAAAUGUAAAAGCAAACCCUCAAUAAAGAUUUUGGAACCCCCGUUAA